AUGCUACCAUCAACGCUGGUCAGCACUUAUCAGCAAUACAAGCUGGACACAGACUCUGUCGCGGCCUGGCUCGCGUCCACAGCGAAGUCGCUCGGCUAUCCUGCCGACCAGCUCGACUCGACGAGCACUGCCGAAUCGACCUCCAACUCACGAGCAUCCGGUGGUCGUCUCAAAGGCAAAGCACGUAUCCAAGCCAAUAAGAAAAGGACGGCGGUGCGCGCAACCUCUUUAGCUCCCACAAAACCAAACGGAUCCAAGCACAUUAUUAGCGCCCGCAGUUUCGUCCCGCUCGCCGAGUACAUCGCGAAGAAGACAGUGCCCGUACCUGACGCUUUCCGGACCGUGAUUGAUCGCGUCAUCGCCACUCGCUCGAAGUUCGGAAAUAUGCUCCAGGAGCAUGGCGAGGCGAUCGACCUAGGCACCAAAGCUAAGCACCAAUACUUUGUUCGCUCUGUUCUGAGUUCUUCUAGGCCCGCUAGCCAGGAAGAGGGUCACCUAGCUGAGGCUGCUGGUCUGGCAAAUCGAUUUGCGGGUCUCGCCGUCUACGAACCCUCCCAGGAGUUCCUGGAUUUUCCUGAUGUCGUGAGACCAUCCCCAGUCCCGGAUGAUAACUCCACUUACGAGGCCCAGUCUGAUUCGUCCUUCGGAGAGGCAAUCUUUGCCCUCAAUGUUCUCAUCAACGACCUGGGUCUCAUCAGGGAUCAUAUUCGAUGGAUUUGGUCGAACCACAAAAACGGCGUUUUUGAAGUGGUGGCGGCAGCUGUUGCAACUGAUACAGCCAUCGGUCUCGCCAGAGGCUUAAUAGAAGAGGUCCUCCCUUUGCUGGAACGGAACGGCGGAGUCAGGGAGCUCCUAGAAAAGUACCAAUUGUUGAGAUGCAUGGGCCAAGGCUGGAAACUUGAAGACCUUGUGGUAUCAGACAAUGUCGAGGACAACUUCAACUACAAGACAUAUGAUAUCUCCGACGGCACCUACUUUUUGCCCUACCGACUUUUGGAGAGCUUUAUUCCUGUCGUAGAAGCCCAGGGUCAGGUCCCAGUAUACAAAGACGGAACUUUUGGGUAUUGGGACCCCAAGAGCAACCGCUCCAUUAAAGCCGGACGUCAGAAAUUCGAUGACGACAGGGCGCUCAUCAUGCCUUAUCUCUCUGAAGUCGCGACUGCUAUACGUGGAGUCAGCGACUGGCUUGUCAAGGACGAGUUUUACCAGGGAGUGGAAGAGCUUGCGAAAACAAAGAAAGUCCCAUUCUAUGCCGCGUUUGCCGCCCAGGUAUUUCUCGACAUCACCUACGAGCUCGGAGAGCAUGUUGAGCGGGGUUUCCACGCAUUUCAUAAGCAAACCAACUUCAUGAACAACGACAUUGAGCAACAUUUCGAGUUCCACUCUAAACUGAAGAUCAAAACCUGGACCGCUGGCAACGAGCAAAUCCUGCGCGGAUUGCACAAAAGCAUCCAAUGGAUCAGUACAGACCCGCUGCGGAUCUUGCAGAAUCGUCUUCUCACGCGCGUGGGCAUUCCUGCCUCGAAAACGCGGAGCCACCUCAUUUUCCGCAUGUCUCCCGUCGCGAGCGGUCUCAUGCUCCUCAACUUCCGUCUCCAAUAUCGUGAUGCUGGUAUGGCUGUCGCCGACGUGUGGGGUUCCAUCCAGUACUCCCAGCACCUUUAUAACGCCGCUCGAGUGGAGGGUUUGGUGAGCCGGGACGUUCUGUGGGAAGACAUGGAGGCCCUUUACACAAGCUUGGGUAAGGGUGCCUUCUAUGUGGGUGGAGAGGCGCCUAGGAAUAUGGCAGAAUGCUUCAAGAAGUUUUCGCUGCAGAUGGGCACUUCAGCGGCAGCCAUGGCGGGCACUCGCCGAAGGGGCGCCCCGCUGACCUCGGGCGGGGGAUCCCGCGGCAUGAAGGAGGGCUGUCCAGUCUCUUCCAGAUUCAAAGGUCGUUAUGUUUGUGGCCAAAUCGGUGCGUCUGGAUUUCUCACGCCCGAGCACGUUAAUCAGAUCAUCAAUCUGAGCCUGUAUGAGCCGAUCCAGCCCCCCGAUGACGGCAAGGGCAACGGCUUGAUGUUCGGCCGGAUCGAGGACCCCGCAAUCCUCAAGGAGAAGGCAAGAAAGGCUAUGGCGCUAGGAACAAACAAGUCGGGCCUACAAGGAGGAAACAAACAGCGCAAAGGCGAGGCAACCGGCGGGAUUCUGACUCCCUCCCAACUCAUCCAACCUCUAACUCUGGCGCUCCAGUCCGAAACCCUAGAGUUGGCCUUUCCGCUUCUGCAUUUUCACCGUUGGUGUUGGCGACUCCUUAGGUCAGUGAAGGAGGCUUGCGAUCCAUUGCUGAGGCAGAGGUAUGGCUCCGACUACAUCGAGAAGGAGAGUCAACUCCCCUUUGUAGUGGGUUGGAUCCUCAUGGCGGCAGGGGGGAUGGACAAUGGCGUCUCAGAUCGUCGGAUGCUUGAGCGUGCAGCCGAUGCCAUCAGGGUCCUCGCCGAGAGCGAGAUCGGAAGCAUCGUUACCCAGAAGGUCUUGCGAGAUGUAUUUCGUAUGCCGGUACAGUUCGGCUAA